CGUUCGACUCGAGCUUGAAUCCUUUUUGUUGACAACAAACGCAAGUUGCCAUUACAUUCAACUGUACUGAUACACAGUACAUGUCACACCGGAUCUAAGACAAAGGCCUGGAUCUAGAAGACUCGUCUAGUGAUACGUCUAUCGGAAAUUGGCUAGACUCUGCACUGCAUGUGUUUUGCUACAACUAUGAAUGCAACUCCCAUCAAAAGCUGUAAAAGAAGUGCAUCAACGGAUGAGAACGGAAGAGAAAAUUCUGCAGCAAAAUUCCUCAAACUAAAUGGUCCUUCAAAGCAUCUCGUACUAUUAGUACAUGGCAUUGGUCAAGGUCUCGACAAAGAUGCCAACAUGGAUAAAACUCUGAAGAAGUUGCAAGAUGCGCUUCAAACAGCAAGGAUAAACAAAAAAAUGAAGAAAGAAGAGUGCGUAAUGGAGAUUCGAGCUGUAGAGUGGCGAAAUAACCUACCAUUGGAAGACGAAGCUUUGCGGAAAUGUGCUAUUGGUGAGAAAAUUCCACAUUUAAGAGACGCAAUAAACCUUGGAUUGAGUGACGUCCUCUACUAUCAAGAUCCUGUUCAUGCCAAAUCAAUUGUCACUCAAGUUUCGCGUGAGAUGAACAGACAGUACAAAAAGUUUCUUGACGAAGAGGACCUGACGUCUUGUCCAGUGUCAGUGUUAGCUCAUUCUCUGGGGAGUGUCAUUGUCUAUGACAUCUUGACGGCUCAGUCUGUUGGCUUUCCAUCUCAAAUGAGAGGAUCAGCACCAACACCAGAUGCUAGUGACAAGUUAGAAUUUGAAGUUGACAAUUUUUUUGCCAUUGGUUCUCCUCUUGGAUUGUUCUUGACGAUCAGAGGUGUUGCUACCGACCGUUAUCGUAAAAGAAAUGGCGUCGAGUCACGUGUGUUCUCCUCGAUUCCGCGGACAGUCUGCAGACAUAUGCACAACAUCUUUCAUCCCGAAGAUGCCAUAGCUUACAAGUGGGAUACCUUGGAACCAACUCAGGAUACAACAGACAAUCCAGGAAUGGAUUCUGAAGGAUAUGACAUUAAGCUGGCUGAAACCAAAAUAGAAAUAAAAUUUCUAGGGAAAGUGGGAAAAGCACUAGGGGGAGUGAUUCAAGCACUAGGGAAAGUGGAAGAAGCACUCCCCAGCAAUGUAAAGAAAGUGCUAGAUUUCGCAAAAGCUCGGAAAGCUCACAAGUUCUACUGGAAGUCAACAAAACUUAUGGAGACGGUCUUGGAUAAAGUCUUCUCUGGAUAGCGAACACACUAACAACCAUAAACAAAUUGUCAAUUUGCUUCCAAGAAGAUAGACUGCACUGCGAUUGUUUAAUAGUUGCUAUGCAUGAUGUAGCUCAAGCUAGAGAAAUGCCGUUGCAAUCGAUAGUGAUAGCAUUGCUGCCUGCGAAGAUGAUCUGUCUUGUUUGUUUGACGGAGUAGAUCCUGUCCAAUACUCAGAAUGCCAAAAAAUUCACGUGGCUGUCAGGUUUGAUCACACGUU